AUGUUCAUAUCCUUAGCCAAUAUCUUCCACAUUAUAACUGCAAUCAUACCCCUCUAUGUGGCCAUGAUCAUAGCCUACAUAUCCGUAAAACGAUGGAAAAUAUUCACGCCCGAUCAAUGCUCGGGCAUCAACAAGUUCGUCGCGAAUUUUUCCAUUCCGCUUUUGUCCUUCCAAGUCAUCUCUUCAAACGACCCUUACAAAAUGAACCUCAAGCUCGUGUUAGCCGAUUUUUCGCAAAAGUUUAUUGCUCUUUUCGUACUAACAUUAGUGGCCAAAAUAAGUUCCAAAGGGAGUCUUAGUUUGGUCAUAACCGGACUUUCACUUUCGACUUUGCCCAACACGCUGAUUUUAGGCAUCCCGUUGGUUAAGGCGAUGUACGGAGAACAAGCUGUUGUACUCCUGGCACAGAUAGUUGUACUCCAGAGCUUAGUUUGGUACAACCUUCUUUUAGUUCUUUUCGAGGUUAAUGCCAUUGCCACGAACGAAACAGAGCAUGGAGAAACUACUAAAAGCGAAACGAAAAGGAAAAUAACGAGCGUGCUUUCGACCGUAGCGAAAAAGCUUAUGAAAAAUCCGAAUACUUACGCCACAUUAGCAGGGCUAAUAUGGGCAUCCUUGCAUUUCAGGUUCGCAGUCAAAUUGCCUAACGUGGUCGAAAAUUCGACAUCUCUGCUUUCGAACGGUGGGCUCGGGAUGGCCAUGUUCAGCUUAGGCCUCUUCAUGGGCUUGCAGGCACGGCUCGUCGCAUGUGGGACCCGCAAAGCAGUUCUAGCUAUGGCCAUCAAGUUCGUGGCCGGGCCGUUUAUCAUGGCCCUGCCCUCGAUUGCGCUUGGGCUAAGAGGGACAUUACUGAAAGUGGCAAUUGUGCAGGCAGCUCUGCCACAGGGGAUUGUCCCUUUUGUGUUUGCCAAAGAGUAUAACGUUCAUCCGGAGAUACUGAGCACAGGGAUUAUAUUCGGCUUGAUUGUAGCAGUUCCAAUCGGGCUAGCUUACUACUUCUUGUUGGCACUUUGGGCCCACCUAACGCGCUCCCGUGACUUCGUACACGGGAACCUUCGCCGUGCGGCAACUGGUCUCCUUUUACAAAACCCAACUUCACUUCAAGAUUUGAUUUUUAUCUCCGGAGGGCCACCGGGCCGGGUCGAGUCAUCCCGGUCGCGGAACGAAUCAGGCCUACAUAUAUGGGCCAGCUCUCACUUGGUUCCCUCACCUUCCGAUCCAUAUACUCUUCGGCUCGUGAAUCCCGGGACCACCGAGUAUCUCGAUCUCCCUCCGCUUUUCGGUCGAAGAUGUUUUAGGCUCGGUCCGUGUUUAACUUAUGCUGCGGCCACAAACGAGUACAAAGUUGUGCAAGUCCAAUUCUCGAGAGGGGAAAAUGGCUCGGUUUCGUAUGAGUACGUCGUGUUGACUGUCGAGACCAACAACUCGUGGAGGCAUGUGGGCAUGGUUGACCGUCUAACUCGUGAGACGAAGACUUUGCUUUCGAUUAGUAGCCCAUUGAUAACCGAGGGUUUCACGCAUUGGGUUCCGUAUAGUGGUGGGGAUACGAUUUUGACACUUGAUGCGAAAACCGAGGUUAUGACCGAGUCACGAGUUCCCGUGCCUUUAGGUCAUUUGGGGGAGAGCGAGUUUUUAUUGUGGGGAGGGAAGAAUUUGAUGCUUGUGGUAAAAAGGCUCGGGAGUUUUUUUGUCGUGGGACGUGUGGGAGAUGAGUCCCGAGACGCGGGUUUGGAGCAAGACAGUUAUGGUCGAUUUGGAGGGGGAGAGGUUAGAAGGGUUUAUUCGGGCCCGUGA